GCAGCACGUCAGUAGAAGCUAGCUAGCUGUGUGGCGUGAGGAACGAUUUGCAUUUUCCAUUCUGACCAGUCAUACAGAACUAUUACUUCGGAAGUCUAGCAGCUGAAGCUGGAGGGCUGUGGCCCAGUUUGAUUUGCAUUCGGAGCAGGCAGAGGGUACUGUAGUAACUGCAUCGAAGAAGUAACAGUUUCUUGUGUUUGAAGUAGUAGUGGUCGGUUCAUCUUCUCUUCGGACAGCGGGACAGUCGACAGUCGAGAGAAGCACAGUGCGCUGGCUUCGAAUCCCUGCCCACGAUAUCGUUACGAGAGCUGUAGCGACUAGGAACGACCCAUUGCCUGGAAGGGUGCUGCCUUGCACAUCGUCGACAUCGACGGUCCGGACCGUGGAUCAUCCCGCUAAACUCAACCUGCACUUGCAGCGUCCUGCACACGAGCUGUGUGUAGCGGGUACUGCGGUGAUUCUAGCUGCGGAAGCUGGGCCGUUGGAGGCCCUACUAGUAGCGGUGAUACAGACAGCACACACACGGAGCAGGUCAGUUACCAGGUAAACAGUGCGACCAGCGGCAUUCACGCCUCAAGUGUAUAAUCUGACGCGGCGCCGCUGUCAGUGAACACUGUGAGCGUGAUCCUGUGACUGAGCUGCCAUGGAGCACCCACCGUUGAAUGCAGUGGCCGCCAUCGUCCGCCGGAAGGAACCAAACACACGGCUAGCCAGCACCAGCAAGUACUUGGCGAAGGAUUAUGACAUCGUCCUAGUUCGAGGACAGUCAGAUCAAGAAGAAGGCCCGGGAUCCAGCGGCAAUGCCAAGCCGUCAAAGUCCUCAUUGUUCCUGCCUCUCGGUGCUGUGAAGUUUGGUGAGGAUAGCGGUGCUAGUAUCAUGAAAGGAAUGUACAAUUGGACAAAGGGAGUUGCUGCGUCGGCGUUUCCACAACACGCCAAUCCGCCGGGUCUGCAAGCACGUCGAGCCGUGUUCCUGGGCACAUUCUGCCGUGACAUCUGGAUGGCGAGGACGGGUCAUCGCUCCAGUGCCCCCGCUCACCAGGUUCAGACUAAUCUGCUCUAUCUGAUUGUCACGACGAAAGAAGAGUCUGCAUUCAUGGACGCAUUGCCUGCUAACAAUCACACGCCGGUGUUUGGGUGCUAUCAGUCCGUGCUACAGGCAUCCUACGCCGAGGAGAACAGUCCGUUUGACACGUUGAACAGUAGCAUGUUGGCUGCUGUGGAUAAAUACUUACGAGAACAGCACAUGUUACCCAACGCACUGGCGAUGCUCUUGCAACCGUCCGUACAGCAACGUUUGCGCUGUGCCGCCUGCAAUCCUCAUUACAGAGUCAUGCCGAGUCUGAACACGGAGCAUGAGGAGCAGGAUGAUGAUGAUGCGGAAGCCGUCAACAAGAAACGUGCUAAUCACGUGCGUCAGUUUCCUACAGACGUCGCCGACAUCCACGUUGUCAACCCUCUGCUCAGUAAUGGCGUUCAGUAUCAUGAUCGGGUUGAGCAUGUGGUGGUGAACAGGUUCUAUGGCAAAGGAGAGCCGGACUACAGCAAGGUGUGUGUGCCUGGACAGCCCUAUUGGCAUGUAGACGUAGAGGAGCUGGCCAACACCAGUGCUAGCCGUGUGGAGCUCAUCCUGGAUGAAGACGGUGGAGAAGAAGCCGAAGUAACGGCACUGGACUGGGUGGAUGAGUUCCCGCUGCACUGUGCUGCCAUCGAUGGCCACGUCUCCAGCAUUCUAUCUCUGCUGCAACAGGGCAAGGAUGCCAAUCAGCUGGAUAGCGAUACUUGGACACCACUACACUACGCAUGCUGGAAUGGACAGACGGCAGCGGCUAAGGCACUCAUCGAAACGGGAAGUGCGUCGCCGAUGAAAGCGAACGAGAACGGAGCAACCGCCCUGCACCUGGCUGCGAGUAACGGGCGUGCCGAGGUGUCUCACGUCCUCAUCAACACCUCAAGCGUGGACACGCAGGCGCGUGACAAGGAGGGCCGCACGGCUCUGGACCUGUGCCGGGAACGUCGUCAGAACGACUGGGAAGUAGUGGCCAUGCUUAUACGCGGAGAGCAUACCGACCUUGGACAAGCGUACCGUGCCGCAGCAGCAGCCGCUAUGGCAUCCGCCGACGCCACCGACGUGAUCAAGGGUCAGCGAUACGACGAGAUUGCUCAGCAGGCUAUCAAGAAGCAGCGUAUCAACCUGAUGGAUGGGACGCACAAGAUCAUCACAUUGGAGAAAGGGUUCAACUCAACGUCAGCCGAUAUGCUAGAUGCCCUCUUCACCAUUCUCGGCAUUGGACAGUCCUGCAAGAAGCUCUUUGCCAUCUGGGUGGUUUCCAGAAAUCUUGAGAUGCCGCUAACGGCCAAUCAGAAGCCACUGGAGUUUGUACGCAACUGGCCGGAGCUGCUGAUCCGUUUCCAUGCCAACGAUGAGUCGGGUCAGCCGGACAUGCCGUCGGUGCACAUGAAAAGAGAACCGUCCUGUACCAAAGAUGAAGAAGAAGAGAUUGUCGACCCAGUGGCCACUAAUCUACUGUAUGAAGAAGCUAACCAGCGUGUGACCAGCGGUCUCUACAUUGCUAAUGAACAAGACCUCAUCAACCUAGCUGGUAUUGCUGUUCAGAUCAGCUAUGGUGAUCACAAUGACAUAAUGCAUCGGCAAGGAUUCCUCAAUAACAACAUGCACAAGUUCUUCCCACCCCAAUUGCUCUCGCAAGCCAGCAAGAAGAAGACGGCACACUUGGAGCAGAUGAUCUUGCAAACACAUCGCCAGGUCACCGCCAGGAACUUACCGGAUGAUACGGCUGAGCAGUUGUUGUAUUUGAACUAUUGUCGUCGAUGGCCGGUCUACGGGGCGACAUUCUUCAAUGGACAACUUCUGACAGGCGCGACUAAGACAGCAGAGAUGACGCAGCCAGUUCAUGUUGCAAUUAACGUGGACGGCGUUCACCUGAUGAGAGCCCAGGAUAUGGUGUUUCUCGGCUCGUUCUUCUUCUCCCACAUCACCUGGAGCACAGACUCUACACUUGGUCACCUGACUAUGACCAAGAACGCCGUACGCCCGUCACCGGCCACCACACCCAGCAGUGCCGCCACGUUGAAUGCAGUGACAGACGCACGACAGCUGAAGGUGCAGAUACGCGAGGUGGCGCUCGUCGACACGCUGCUGCUGAAACUCAACGCCAAGUUUACGGAGAUAACAUCCAAGGCUGGACAGAGUGCACAAGAUGCCUGGUCUAAGCAACCGGCCGUUCCUGCGGCCGAGGUGCAGAAGUGGCGCCGUCGCUACGAUCAAGAGGUAUCCAGCCGCAGUCGCAUCACACAGACAGUGGGGUCAACACCAAGUCAGUCAUCCAUCUCUUGCCUGGCAAGAGAUAUCAGCUUGAAAUACUCCCAGUCCUCGCCUGGCCAGCACUUGCAAGCGUGGAGCAAUCUCUGUACUGAGCUUGGUCUAUUCAUGGAACCUGAGGACAUGCAAGCGGCACAGAUGUUGCUGGCUAAUGAGCCGGUGGAUUUCAGGCGUUUGGUUCUCUGGUGGUCUUCUCAGUCGUCACGCCGAUGGUUGUUCUUACUAGAUGACGAUGCUGUGCGCCGUCGUCAGAGGGCUGUGAAGAUGUUCCAAACGGUGGAAGCCACACCAGGAAUGCUCUCCUCCAACCACCUCUCACAGCUACUGGAGCACAUGUCAGCUACCACCGGUAUACAUCUACCACACUCGGGAAAUAUUGAGCGGUGUUUGAGCGAUUUACACGCUCUGUGUACAACGUCCGGCUAUCUACAGCUCAACUGUUACAUUGAUUGGCUGGCCAUGACCGGUUGCCUUGCCGAUAAGCCCUGGGAAACAAUGCCACCACCCAUUUCCAGCUAGACAAGUAGUUCUCUACCUUGGCAACAUCAAAGCAUUUGAUCAUCACCUGAUAGCAGCAUCAAUCAUUACCAUGACAACAACAUCAGUCAUCCCCAUGACAACACCAAUGCUGCGGUAACACAAGCGUUACAAUAGUAAUGGCUAGGAUUUGAGAAAUGAACAAUAUUCAUAAUACAUGCACUGAAAGUAUAUGUACAUUCAGUCAUUCAUGUAUUCUCAUGACAUUUCACAAUUAGUAUUCCAAUUGGCAUAAAAUAUGUCUGCAUAGUUAGGCCAACUAGUCCAACACUAUCAUUAAUUUUAAAAAGAAUGUUGCAUCUCGAAAUUCGGAAACCCGGAAUUUCAUUAUAGUUCAUUUCAUUGCUUUUUUGUGACGCCUGUAUAAACUACAAGUAUAAACUAAGGCGCGACAAACCCUAUUAUUAAACUUGAAAACUAAAUGCUUUCUCACUUCAUCUUUACCGUCCGGAAGUCGGAAACAUACAACUCUCGGUUGUUGCA